AUGGUUUCCAAAAGAAAACUGUCAAAAUCCGAAGAUAAAAACAACCUGACAGAAGAUGCCUCGAAAGCCAGGAAGCCACCUUUUUCCAAAAAGAUAAAGAGCUCUCAUGUUCAUAACGAAGAUGAAGAAAAUGACAGCAUAUUUGUAAAACUUCUUAAGGCAUCAGGAAUAAUUCUUAAAACGGGGGAGAGUCAGAAUCAACUAGCUGUGGAUCAAAUAGUUUUCCAAAAGAAGCUUUUCCAGACUCUAAGAAAACACCCUUCUUAUCCCCAAGUAACAGAAGAAUUUGUUAGUGGCCUAGAGUCUUACAUUGAGGACCAAGACUGUUUCAGGAACUGCCUUUUGUCCUGUGAACGUCUACAGGAUGAGGAAGCCAGCAUGAGCACACCUUACUCUAAGAGCCUCAUCAAGCUGCUUUUGGGGAUUGAUAUAUUACAGCCUGCUGUUAUCAAAACUUUAUUUGAAAAGUUACCAGAAUUUCUCUUUGAAAACCAGAACAGUGACGUCAUCAGCAUGCCUCAUCUCAUCAUCAGUCAGCUCAAGUGGCUGGACAGAAUUGUGGAUAGCAAGGACCUCACCACCAAGAUCAUGCAGCUGAUCAGUAUUGCUCCAGUGCCCCUGCAACAUGACUUCAUCACCAGCCUGCCCGAGAUCCUUGGGGAUUCCCAGCAUGCUGAUGUGGGGAAAGAACUCAGUGACCUACUGAUGGUGAACACUCCCCUCACUGUCCCCAUCCUGGAUGUGCUUUCCUGUCUCCGCCUCGACCCACAGCUCCUGUCUAAGGUCCGCCAGCUGGUGAUGGGUAAGCUGUCAGCUGUCAAAUUGGAAGAUUUACCUGUGAUAAUUAAGUUUAUCCUUCAUGCCAUAACAGCCACGGAUGCAGUUCAGGUAAUCGCUGAGCUUCGGGAGCAGUUGGAUCUGCAGCAAUGUAUUUUGCCAUCACAGUUGCAGGCUUCUCAAAGCAAGUUGAAAAGUAAAGGACGAACAAGUUCGUUAGGAGAUCAAAGCAACGAUCAGGACUGCAUCAUUCUUCUCUUUGAUGUGAUAAAGUCAGCUGUUAGAUAUGAGAAAACCCUAUCUGAAGCAUGGAUUAAGGCAAUUGAAAACAUCACCUCAGUGUCUGACCACAAGGUUUUUGACAUGGUGAUGCUUCUCAUCAUCUAUAGUACCAACGUUCAGACAAAGAAGUACAUUGAAAGGGUGCUAAGAAAUAAGAUUCGAUCAGGCUGCCUUCAAGAACAGUUGCUAAAGAGUACGUUCUAUACUCAUUCCUUGGUUCUUAAGGAUGUUUGUCCGUCCAUUCUGUCACUGGCCCAGAGUUUGUUCCACUCCCCAGACCAGAGUGUAAAUUCUUUUGGCAGUCUCCUAUACAAAUAUGCAUUUAAGUGUUUUGACACUUACUGCCAGCAGGAAGUGGUCAGUGCCCUGGUGACCCAUACCUGCAGUGGGAAUGACAGUGAAGUUGAUGCUGCAUUGGAUGUCCUUCUAGAGUUGGCCAUUCUAAACCUAGCUGCUAUGAGGCUGAAUGCUGUCUUUGUGAAGGGCAUUCUAGAUUAUUUGGAUAAUUUGUCUCCUCAACAAAUACGCAAACUUUUCUAUGUUCUCAGCACGCUGGCAUUUAGCAAAGAGCAGGAAGCCAGCACUCACAUCCAGGAUGACUUGCACCUGGUGAUACGAAAGCAGCUCUCUAGCACAAUAUUAAAGUACAAACUUAUUGGGAUUAUUGGUGCUGUCACCAUGGCUGGCAUCAUGGCGGCAGACAGAAGUGAAUCUUCCAGUGUGACACAAAGGAAAGCUGAUCUAAGCAAUGAGGUGUGCACACAGGUGACCACCUUGCUGCAGUUGGUUCACUCCUGCAGUGAGCAGUCUCCUCAGGCUUCGGCACUGUAUUACGAUGAAUUUGCCAACCUGAUCCAAGGAGGAAAGCUGGCGCCAAAAGCCCUGGAAUGGGCUGGACAGGCCAUCCUUACCAAUUUCCAAGAUGCCUUUGUGGUGGACAGCUGUGUUGUUCCAGAAGGUGACUAUCCAUUUCCUGUGAAAGCGCUCUAUGGACUGGAAGAAUACAGUAGUCAGGAUGGGAUUGCCGUCAACCUGCUGCCAUUGUUCUUCUCUCAGGACUUUACAAAAGACGGGAGUAGAGUGACUCAGCAUGAAUCAGACCAAAAAUUGGUAUCUCCAUUGUGCCUGGCUUCCUACUUCCGGUUACUAAGACUGUGCAUGGAGAAACAGCAUGAUGGGAACCUAGAGGAGAUUGACGCUUUGCUAGAUUGUCCUGUAUUCCUCACUGACCUGGAACCAACAGAGAAGCCGGAGUCCAUGCCAGUUAGAGAGCAGUCGUUCAUGUGCUCGCUCAUAUUUCUCACUCUCAACUGGUUCCGAGAGAUCGUGAAUGCCUUCUGUCAGCAAACGUCACCCGAGAUGAAGGGGAAGGUGCUCACCCGAUUAAAGCACAUCACAGAACUACAGGGAAUCCUGGAAAAGUACUUGGCAGUCACCCCAGACUAUGUGCCUCCUCUUGCAAACUUUGACUUGGAAACGUUAGAUGCAGCACCUCAUACCAGUACGGCUAUUUCUGCAAAAAUUAGACUAACAGGAAAGAAGAGAGCGAAACGAAAGGCAGAUGGCAGCAAAACGUCCACCCCUGACACACUUUCAAAGGCGGAUACUUUGGAAUGCGACCCUACACUGUCUGAUAAAAGCCAGCUGGAAAAGGACUGUACAAGGAAAGAAGAAGAAAAGACAUCAGUGUCACUACAGAGUUACCGUGCUUAUUUCCGGGAGCUGGACAUUGAGGUAUUCUCGAUUCUGCAUUGUGGACUGGUGACCAAGUUCAUCUUAGAUACUGAAAUGCACACAGAGGCCACAGAAGUUGUACAGCUUGAGCCCCCUGAGCUGCUUUUCCUGCUGGACGAUCUCUCCCAAAAGCUGGAGAAUAUGCUGACACCUGCUGCCAAGAGAGUCCCGUUCUUCAAGACUAAAGGAAGCUGGAAUAUUGGAUUCUCUCAUCUCCAUCAGAAAUCUGCCCAAGAAAUUGCUCACUGUGUUAUUCAACUGCUGACCCCCAUGUGUAAUCAUCUGGAGAACAUUCACAACUAUUUUCAGUGCUUAGCUGGUGAGGAUGCUGGUGUAGUUGAUGGACCAGGAACAAAAGUUCAGGAGUACCAGAUAAUGUCUUCCUGCUAUCAGAGGCUAUUGCAAAUUUUCUAUGGGCUAUUUGCAUGGCAGGGAUUUUUUCAACCUGAAAAUCGUAACUUACUAUACACAGCCCUUGAGGUGCUUGCUAGACGUUUGAAGCAGGGAGAUCAUGACCAGCCCUUGGAGGAACUGCUCAGCCAGAGCUUCCAUUACUUGCAGAAUUUCCAUCACAGCAUUCCCAGUUUUCAGUGUGCUCUUUAUCUCAUCAGACUUUUGAUGGUCAUUUCGAAGAAAUCUACAGCUGUUACUCAAAAAAAAGACAAAAUUGCUUCCAUGGCCAAACAGUUUCUCUGCCGGGUGUGGCCAACUGGGGAGAAAGGGAAGAGCAGCAGCAUCUUCAAUGACCAGCUCCAUGCUUUGCUCUGCAUCUACCUGGAGCACACAGACAGUGUGCUGAAGGCCAUUGAGGAGAUUGCUGGUGUUGGUGUCCCAGAACUGAUCAACUCUCCCAAAGAUGCAUCUUCUGCCACGUUUCCUACACUGACCAGGCAUUCAUUUGUCAUUUUCUUCCGUGUGAUGAUGGCUGAACUAGAGAAGACAGUGAAAGGUCUUCAGGCUGGCACAGCAGCAGACCCACAGCAGAUUCACGAGGAGAAGCUCCUUUACUGGAACAUGGCUGUGCGAGACUUUAGUAUCCUCCUCAACCUGAUAAAGGUAUUUGACAGUCGUCCCGUUCUACACGUGUGUUUGAAGUAUGGGCAUCUGUUUGUGGAAGCAUUUCUGAAGCAAUGUAUGCCGCUUCUGGACUUCAGCUUCAGAAAACACCGGGAAGAUGUUCUCAGCUUACUGGAAACCUUCCAGUUGGACACUAGGCUGCUUCAUCACCUGUGUGGACAUUCCAAGAUUCACCAGGACACAAGACUCACCAAGCAUGUGCCUUUGCUCAAAAAGACCCUGGAGCUGUUGGUGUACAGAGUGGAAGCCAUGCUCAUCCUUAACAACUGCCAGGAGGCUUUCUGGCUGGGCAAUCUCAAAAACCGAGACUUGCAGGGUGAAGAAAUUAUGUCCCAGAAUUCCCAGGAGAGCACACCAGAAGACAGUGAGGAAGACACAUCAUCUCAGGUCUCUAAAAGCAAAGUAAAGGAGGAUGAAGGUGAAGCAAGUGAUGGAGAAGAGCAAGACAAUGAUGGGAGUGAUGAUGACUCUGAUUAG